AUGCCUCUCAGGGAGCUGAAGGCCCAGGUGUUUCCCCAGAUGCUUAGGAAAUUGCUCGGGAUUCCGGCGGAUGUCAACGUCAUCCUUGAACGCUAUUCCGACAGUGCUGGUUCUUACGUUCGCUUAGACUGUGACAAUACCGCAAUCUACAAACAACUUUACCGGGCUGCCAAGGCCAAGUCAAAGCUCCGUAUCAAGGUUACUACCCUUACUUCCCAAAACACAUCUGCUCCAGCACCAGUACUAUCAGAACCCACCGUGCCAAUGGAGUCAACCAACUACAUUCGUCACAGUUAUCUCGAAACGGUUUUGGGCCCUCUGGCACCUCCCGAUACCCUCCCUCUCAUUAAUUCGGUUCAAGUUCCUCAUCCCACCGGUAAAAAGGAGUUGCCUCUCUGUCAAACUCGCUAUCGCACCUUCGAGAUGGACCAAGAAAAGCAUCAGUUCCCGGUUAUCUCUCACUCCUCGUCCAACGGGAUGUUCUGCAUUGACUGCAAUGACUGUGGUCGUUCUAUUGCAAAUGCGCAUUAUCACUGCAGCAUUUGCGAGAACGGGGACUACGAUCUGUGCCUACAGUGUGUCGGUGCCGGCGCAUCUUGCCGAGGCGAAGGUCAUUGGUUGAUCAAGAGGACUGUCAAGGAUGGUGUCGUCACAAACAGUACAACCGAGACUAUUGCCCCUUGUAAUCAAUCAGCGCUGGGGUUCAACCCCGUGCUGCCUACUCAAAUUCAGCGCGAGGUGAUCACCAAGCCUGUGGUCCACGUCUCCGAGUCGGUCCCUGAGUCAAUCCUAGAGUCGGUGCCAGAGCCAGUAGCCCCAACGGCCUGUUUGGAUGCAGCUAUUCAGGGUGAUGACAACCCGAUUUGCAAUGGAUGCUGUCGUGAGGCCGAUGAAAGCAAUCUCGUUCGCUGCAAUGAGUGCGAGGACUAUGAUCUUUGCCUUCGCUGCCUCCUCCGAAAUAAACAUGGACACCACCCUGGCCACACCUUCCAUCUUGGAUCUGACCGGAACUUCUGCUUGAAAAAUCUCAUCACCUCUCGCUGCCUUCCCGGUCGGCAGUUCCGACACGCCGCUCGAAUCGUUGGGGUUCGUCACAAGUGCUUGGCCUGUCCCGACUGGGACUUCUGCCCCGACUGCAUCUUGACUGCUCCUCAGAGCCACCCGAGUCAUAGAUUCGUGCAGGUUUAUGAUACAAUCGGCGAACCUGCUCGGGAACAGGAAAUCCACUAUGGCAUAUUCUGCGAUGGUCCUCUGUGCAAGAGCAAGCCUGCCAAGAGUUACAUCAAAGGAGUUCGCUACAAGUGCGCUGUCUGUGAUGACACCGAUUUCUGUGCGAGCUGCGAGGCCCUUCCGACCGACCAUCACAACCACACUCAUCCGCUGGUCAAGUUCAAGACUCCGGUCCGCAAUGUGUCUGUAAGCACCAUGGGCGACGACGGCCUGAGUGGAGCAGCUGCCCUGGGUGACCAGCAUCAUACCAUCACUCGGCCCAUUGACCGGGCCGAGCUUGAGGAGCAGGAACCUGCUGAGGUGGAUGCCAGUAGCAAGCCUGUGGAAAAGGUUGAGCCUCGGCCUCUCAUGAGCAAGCCCAUUCCCGAGACCGAUAGCUCUGUUUUGUCGGACUACAAGGCAUUCUUCAUCCGUGAUACUAUCACCGACGGUACCAAAAUUGCCCCAAACACUACGUUCCGCCAGACCUGGACUCUCUACAACCCUGGUCCUUCAGCUUGGCCCGUUGGCUCUGAUGUGCGCUUCGUCGGUGGAGACAAGAUGUUCAACGUCGAUGUCUGUCACCCAUCUAGCGUCGAAUCUAUUCGCUCGGCCAUGGAAAGCAAUAAAUUGCUCGCCCCUGUGGAGUUGGGCGAGAGUGCUGACUUUACUGUCAACCUUCGCACCCCUCACCACCUAGGCCCUGCUAUCUCCUACUGGCGUCUGAAGCUCCCCAAUGGCGUGGCCAUCGGUCAUCGUCUGUGGUGUGAUGUCGAGGUGCAGACCGAAGAAUCCGACACCAGCGACACAUACCCCGCUGUGUCUGAAAUUGCCGUCAGUGGUAUGAUCUUCCCCAAGCUGGAGAAGGAAUCUCCCGAGUCAAGCACUCACCAAGCAGAGGCUCCUGCGCCACAGGCACCGACCUUGUCAACUGCUUCGGAAGUGGAUGUUCUCGAAGACGUUGAGAGCCUGACUCUGGACGAUGCUUCUACUGACGCCGACAUUGGCCUCCUGACUGACGAAGAAUAUGACUUUCUUGAUGCCAGUGAUCAGGAAUAUCUUGAGGCCAAGCAGUUCGCAAACUGA